GUGCCUCAUCUAUAAUUCUUUUGUAUCGACCACGAACUAGAUUCAGUUUUUUCAAUUCCAUAUACACGUGGAUAACGUGGUUACUUUUGUCUUCCUUUCCACGUAGAUAUCGAAACCUUUUGUGUUGUUGCUGAAAUGGUUGGAUUUUUCUUUGUUGUGCUGAUGGCGCACACCGCUUAUGGAGACGUGAGCUAUUCUUUUCCGGAGGAGAUGAAACGCGGAUCUGUGAUUGGAAAUAUAGCAAAGGAUCUCGGGCUCGAUAUGGACAAACUAUCAAGUCGAGAGGCACGAAUUGAUAAUGGAGAUAACCGACAACGAUUCAGUGAUAUUAAUCUAAAUACCGGAGAACUGACUGUAGCGGAGAGAAUCGACAGAGAGCAGAUUUGUGGAAAGAAAGCUUCAUGUGUUAUUAAACAGGAGCUCGUGCUGGAAAAUCCUUUAGAGCUGCAACGAUUUAUUCUCAAUAUUCAGGACAUAAAUGAUAAUUCACCACAAUUCAAACAAAGUGUGAUCAAAUUCGAAAUAAGGGAGUCUGCAGAAAAAGGAUCUCGUUACUUAUUAGAUGAGGCCUACGAUGCGGAUACUGGUAUGAAUUCGGUGCAAUCAUAUGUGAUACAAGACAAUGAACACUUUCUUCUUAGUGUACUAACGCGUGAAAAUGGAAGAAAAUAUGGAGAGCUAGUUCUUAAUAAAGAGUUAGAUCGUGAGCAGCAGAAAGAGGUAACAUUAAUUCUCACUGCGGUAGACGGCGGGACUCCACCGAGAUCAGGUACUGUAGCCAUACACGUCACUGUGCUGGAUGCUAAUGAUAAUGCUCCAGUCUUUAGUCAGGCCGUCUAUAAAGUCAGUCUGCCUGAAAAUUCUCCUCUAGAUACUGUAGUGGUGACAGUGAGCGCUACUGAUGCUGACGAGGGACAAAAUGGAGAAGUGACAUAUGAUUUAGUCGAAUUUCGAAAAAUGGCAACGUACUAUUUUCUCUAGAUCCAAACAAUGGGGAGAUUAAAGUUAAAGGCCCCAUUGAUUUUGAGAUGGCAUCAAGGUAUGAAAUGCUUAUUGAGGGAAAGGAUGGCUCUGGUCUUUCAUCGGACACUAAAGUAAUCAUAGAAAUUACAGAUGUUAAUGAUAA